GUCGUUUCCGCUGGCUAACUUGCAGCGACGGAGCUUCUACAAGAUAAGGAGGCAGCGGGAGAAGAAGCUUCCCGCAGAGAAAAAAUGGCGAGCUUAUCUUCUUCUUGCUUCGCUGCUCUUCCCUGCAAAUUCAAAUCCCUCUCCCUCCACUCCUCUCCUUCUCCUUCUCACGGCCGCAUCGCUUUCAGUUCCCUCCAGUUCUCCGCCAGCGUGUCGCGCGACGUUUUCUGCGCCGGAGGUCGCCUGGCGGUGAGCGGCGGCGAGGGGCGGCGGCCCCGUUUCUCCGUGGUGUGCGAGGCCGCGCCGCAGAAGAGGGCGGACUCCGCCGUCAAGAGGGCUCGCCAGGCCGAGAAGAGGCGCCUCUACAACAAGGCCCGGAAAUCCGAGGUCAGGACGCGGAUGAAGAAGGUUUUGGAAGAGCUAGAUGGGCUUAGGAAGAAACCUGAUGCGCAAGCAGAGGAGAUCCUGUCAAUUGAAAAGUUGAUUGCGGAGGCUUACUCUGUCAUCGACAAGGCAGUGAAGGUGGGAACUUUGCACAGGAACACUGGGGCACGCAGAAAGUCUCGGCUCGCCAGGAGGAAGAAGGCUGUUGAAAUCCACCAUGGCUGGUAUACCCCUGCGCCGGCACCUGCGCUGGCUGCAACCACUUGACUGUACUUCUCUAUAAGCCUAGAAGGAGGUUAUGGAAAGGUUUUGCAUCGUGAGUAUUGUACAUUGGUAACCAUUGCCCAUCUUUUCUGGCCCUUUGGCUGGUUGAUUAAAAGACUGAUUUUCCUAUAUGCCCCAUGUUGAAUCAAAGAGGACCGACAUUCUUUGAUGUUUCAGUGGGUA